AUCAUUGGACGGACCGUAGAUAAUAUGACAGUAAGCCUGAGUUAUUUUUCAUUUACAUUCAUUUAUAUAUAUAAAUUUAUGUUUGUCUCUUAAACGUAUUCCUCCUUCGCCCAACUCAUAUAUAAAUUAUUUUAAUACAACAAAACCGCAUAGCGUCCUUACUGCGCAUGUACUGUAAGCAGCUGUAUCUGUACAACUGUAAAAAAAAUAAAACGGAUACUUCUGCCAUAAGGUAUAAAAUUUACGCUAAAAAAGUCAUAACAUCCGAUAAUAAAACAAUAUAAUAAAAUAUGGAAGACCUACAUACUAGGUUGACAAAUUUAUUGCUGGGUCUACAAUUCACGGAAAUUUCAUUCAACGAAUGGACACAGAAUUACUUACAAAAUGGCAACAAAAUUUGGACAUUUUUUAGUGAAUAUCUGUCAGCUGCACAAUUGUUGGACAUAGUUGUACCACUUUUUGGUGCAUUUCAACAUCAACUGCUGGUACGUCUGGUAUGUUCACUGAGUAUUGUAAAUGCAGUUAACUCAUUGGUAAAAUGGAGUGUUCCGGCAACUCGUCCAUAUUGGUGGAUACGUGAACAUGAAAGUAUGGUACCAAACAAAACACAACUAAAAGUAUACCCUUUGACAUGUGAGACUAGUAGUGGAUUUCCUUCCAGUCAUUGCAUGUCCUUUGCCACAUUUACUUAUAUUAUUGUUAUAUUUGCUGUUGUUCGUUUAAGAAAACAUUGCAACUUAAACAAGGAGUUGGCAGAUUUUAUUUCACAAAUUCUCUUUACCCUAUCGGCAUCUGGAAUGACAAUUAGUCGUCUCUAUUUUAGUACACAAUUUUUGCAUCAAUGCAUUGCCGGCUCAAUAUUUUCAAUAAUGCUUCUAGAACUCUUCGCUUACUAUGCUCCACUUCUGACGACAGUUAGUCGCAGUUAUGCGACAAGCGUAGUAGUGCUUUUUGCAAUGUCACCAUUCUUAAUAUAUUACGGCAUGUUACGUAUGAAUAUGGAUCCACAUUGGUCUGUGCGCAUGGCUUUUAACUGGUGUCCAGAUCCGAGCUAUUUACGACAUGAAGCAAGCCCAAUUUUUGUACUUGGACGAGAUUUUGGUUUUUUAUUUGGCGUCGCAUUAUCAGCUCCUAUCAAUAAAAGAUACAACGAUGAAGGAAAAUUAUGGAAGCGCAUACCAGUUAUGUUAAUAGUAGAAUUAUUAAACUACUACAUCCGCUUAAACACACCAAAGGACAAUGGACGUUUUAUAUUUGUGGCAUAUGAAUUCCUACGAAAUAUGUUUCAUUCUUUUACGCUGUUAAGCAUUUUGCCAGUAUUAACUAAAUAAGUUAAUAAUAUAAUAGAAUUUUUUAUCAAAAACGAAAGUAUUUGUUCUUCAACAAUAUAAAUAGAUAUACAAGGAACCAUAUAUUUUAUAAAUCUUUGUGUUGUGGUGAUUUUUUUUACUAAUUGAUGGUACCCGAAAUGAGAUAUAUGAUUCUAUAAAAUCAUGUUAUUGUUAUAUUAAUGUUUAUUAGCCAACUAGGCUAAAGCUUACAAAGCAU